AUGGAGCCCCGCUUGACCGUGCCGCUGCGCCGCAUCGCGCCUUGCAGCACGGUCCAAGCCGCCUGGUGCGCAGAUUCCCACCCUCCCCCGCGGAACCCGCAGCGCCCCGAAGUGCUGCGUCGCGGGGUGCGCCUGUGCUGCUGGUGCGCCGCCCAGGCUGCGAGCGUGCUGGGCGGCGCCGCGGCCGCGCCCGCGUCCGAGUCGCAUUCGAUGGUGAAGCUCGUCAGCUUUGAUGUCGACGGCACGCUUAUCCACAGCGUUGGAGACAGCGCGAACAAAGUUCAUCGACAAGCGUUCAAAGGCGCGUUCAAGCAGGUGUUCGAUGUUGAUACUGACAUCGAUGUCAUCAACCACCACGGGUGCACAGAUCCACUCAUUCUCUUGAAGAUCUUGGAGCAUCAUGGCGUCGCCAAAGAGGAGAGUAUGCCUCGGCUGGGAGAGAUGCAAACAUCAAUGCUUCAGUACUUUGAGACCCACAAAGACGAAGUUGCGGAUGGCGUCGCAGUGCUGCCGGGAGUAAAGAAUGUUCUUCAGGAACUAAAGACAAGAAGUGACGUCGCCACGUGCUUGGUGACUGGAAAUCUUGAGCCCAUUGGAUGGGGCAAAAUGGAAGCCGUGGGGCUGUUGGACUUUUUCUCUCCGUCUCCGUUUGGUGGCUUCGGUUCGGACUUCUGCAGUGGGAACACUGAAGAGUCCUGGAGAGACCGCGCAGAGCUCAUCCGAAUCGCCGCGACACGGGCAAGCCAUCUCCUGCCAAAUCCUGUGUCAGAAAGGUUCCAUAUUGGCGACACUCCAAUGGACCUCUUGGCGGCGAAGGAGGCUGGGGCAGUGGCGAUUGGGGUGACCACUGGGACAUACAGCCGCAGGGAUUUGGAAACGUGUGGUGCAGAAACUGUCGUUCUUGACGAUCUCGCGGAUGUCUCCCAAGUCCUAAAAGCGAUGGGAUUGGAAUGA